AUGCCUAUGGAUAAGCUGUUAUACGUAGCUGCCAAAGAAGGUAACAUGGAGGUUCUGGAACAAUACAAGGAUAAGUUCGCCACCGAAUUAACUCCUUAUAACAACACGGUCCUCCAUGUUGCAGCUCAGCAUGAUGGUUUCAAUCGACCGAAAUCCCCCAUAGGUUUUCUUGAUAUGGCAGGUCCGAACUUGUUCUUCAGCUUGAACUGUAACGGGGAUACUUUUAUUCAUGUGGCUGCUAGAAAUGGCAAUCUUGAGAUCAUUAAAGCUUUUAUCAACUACACGAAAAAUUGUGGAGGGCUCGGGAUUGUUCGUGAUAUAGAAGCUGACAUUCAAAAACUGCUGAGUAUUACCAAUAACGAUGGAAAUACGGCCUUGCAUGAAGCUGUAAUGCAUGGGCGGCGUAGUGACGACAUGGUAGAAUUAUUGGUUAAAGAAGAUGCUGCUUUCUCACAUCCGCCUAAUAAAGCCGGGAAAAGUCCACUGUAUCUUGCUGUGGAAAGAGGAGAUAAUGUUUCUGUUGAAUUGAUUCUGAACAACUGCGCUUCACCAUCUUAUGCUGGCCCUAUUGGCGCAACUGCGCUACAUGCAGUUGUAAUGCAUCCUUUCCCUACUACAGUUUAUAAUGACAGUUGUGCUUGA